UUUUAAACUUUUAUAUUUUAGGAAGUAGAAAGAAGUCGACGGAAACGUAUCGAUCCAAAAGGCAGCUGGCUGACCUUUGUGAACCGAAUGGGAGAAAGUAAACCGGAAAGGCGGAAAAAGAAAAGAAAACGCAAUAGAAAGAGUAAUAAUAAUAUAUUGUUAGGGCCUCCGGGACCCGCAGGACCUCCUGGGCCCCCAGGACCACCGGGAUCAAGUGUUACAAAGGAAGAAAUUAUCAAAGAACUGGAGGAGCUGAUCAAGGAAGAAGCAGCUAGAAGAGCUCAACAAAUGCUUGUUGAUAUGGUUCCACUGAACGGAAGUUCCACCUUUAUUGCACAGCCGGAUAUGGGAUCACCAGUUUUAGAUGUUCCGAGAAUUUAUGCAGGCUUUUCAUUGCGACUUGGUUCUAAGACGAAAGUAGAUCGGAAAACAUUCAGGGAAAUAAAAUCAUUUCAACAGCCAUUUGGCGGAGGAGCUUUUCAAAGGGGCGAAACAUUCAAUGCGAAGGAAGGGCGGUUUUUUGCUCCAAGGGAAGGUGUCUACCAGUUCACAGCAAAUUUGCAUCUACGAAUACGAACUAAGCGCAAAUUGAAAGGCCGACUUAAAGCAGACGAAUAUCUUAGAGUUGUGAUAUGUAUUGAUUCAUUAUGUCAGACUAACACGUCCAUUGAAAAUAUUACGGGUGUAAAUAUUGACAAUAAAAUCCUGACUGCAAGUGUUUCAGGACUUUUGCACUUAAAAGAAAAACAGUACGCGUCACUGUAUGUUGAUAAUUCAUCGCCGUACAAUGUGCUUGUAAUCGCUGGCUCGGAGUUCUCGGGCAUUUUCCUUGGGACAUAGACAUUAUAUUUGUGUGAAAGAUAAUGUGGUUAACCUGUUUUAAUAUAAAAUAAAAGAUUUAAAACUUGA